UGGGAGGGUGCUGAAUCCAAAUGUAGGGCAUUGGCGAGUUGGGACUCGUCUUUGGCGAGACAAGGUGGUGGAGAGGACUCAACGUAACUUUAUGUUUUUUUUAUCCCUCUCAAAAGAGGAUUUACAGACGUAUCGGCCGGGGUUCAAGUCAUUGUGAGUCUCAGUGGGUUUGUUGACUCCUGAUCUCUUGAUCAUCGGACAGCCUGCAAUUCAUCCAAUGUGCGUAAAAGGGGCCUAUUUCCUCACCGUCCUGUCUGGACUCGCAGCUUCAGGCGUGCUGCAGGUUAGCGGAAUGCGUAUUUACACAUCUGGGAAUAUGGAGGCGGUCAACGGGACAGAUGUUCGUCUGAAGUGCACAUUCCAGAGUUCCUCUCCCAUCAACCCCAACGCCAUUAUCAUCUCAUGGAGCUUCAGACCCCUCAAUCUAGACCAAGAAGAAUCGGUGUUCCACUAUCAGCAGAAACCAUACCCUCCUUUAGAGGGCCCUUUCAGGAAACGUGUCGUUUGGGCCGGUGAUGUCAUGGGCCGUGACGCUUCCAUCAUACUUCAACAGGUCAAGUUCACCUACAACGGCACUUACAUCUGCCAGGUCAAGAAUCCGCCAGAUGUCCACGGCACGGUUGGAAAGAUUCGACUCCGUGUCGUCACCACAGCCUCUAUCUCCGAACUUCUCCUUCUGGCGUUGGCCAUCGGGGGUGGUAUUUCCGCUGUGGUCAUCCUCCUCAUCAUCAUUGUGUCCUGCAGGCGGUGCAAGAAGAGGAGACAGGGAGAGCAGGAAGGGAAUGAGGAGGCUCCCCGCAAAGAGAGAAAAGAUCCCACUGUGUGGUAAGACCAAGAGAAAGACAGAGAGAGAGGAACAGGGGGAUUGAGAGAGGAACAGAAGAAUCACCCAUUUCCUCACUCGCUCUACAUUUAACUCUGGGGCCCGGGGCAUGUGGCGUUCCUUCUUGGGGCCAGUUCUUUUUCUACUGGACGUUUCACUUCCUCCCUCCUCUCCACCGCAGUCUUUGAAUCCCAAACCUUUACUAGUUUAUGGGCAGCUGUCAUUGACCAGAGAUACAUUUGGAAUGUUUCUUUGUAUAGGAAGCUGUACAUACAGAACUUUAGCCAGAUUACUGUGUAGCCUUCAUGAUAUCACAGUGUGCCUUUCAUUUCUGGAGAGAAACAACUGUUUAUCAGUUCAUCUUUUCCUGUUCACCUAAAUGGGCUUCCAAGCACAUUUCCUGUUUGAAGCAAAUGUUUUGAUGAUGUAGAGGUCAAACAAUGGUGCAUUCCUACUGUUUUCUUGUCUACUAAUACAUUUCAAACUCUAACAUACCACAGCAGUACAAGCCACAUGUUUGGCUGCUACAUUGCUUCAACAAACAAUAUGAUCUGUUGAACAAUGGAUGAGCACCUCCCUUACUUCCAUUGAAUAUGUGUUACCACAUGAUGGAAACAUUGUGAAACCCCAUACAUGUCGGGGAUCUGUAUCUAUAAGCCCUCAUUUCAAAGGUUUUGACCACCUGUUUGAUCCACUUCUGAAUCCACGGGAAUGCUGGUGUGCCUUUUCUUUUUUUAGUUUCACUACUGAAGUUAUGUCGCUGCAUUUUUUAGAUUAUUUGCUGUUAUUAACCUGAUGUUUAGACAGAAUUAAUCAAGGUGCUAUUAAAUAAUCCAAACCUGUUGGAUAGCACUUGGUAGAAACAGACAUUUCAUACAUGCAAUUUCAGUUCUAAAUGUUAUUAUAAGUGGCAAAUGUUUUUAACAACCUAUAGCCAAUGGCCAAUGUUUGUUUUGAACAAUAAGCUGUUUAGUCAGAAGUGUUUUUUUUUCUCUUUCUCUCUUGGGUUUUCAGAUCUCUCUGUAAGUGGUGCCAUAACUAGUUACUGUCACCACAGUUUUGCAAUACUGCAACUCACUGUAUUCACCAAAUGUUAAAAGCCAAGUUCCUCAAGGAAAA